AAUAUCUCCUAUGGAUCCUACCGUUGGCAUUGUAUCUAUCCAUCGUGCUCGGGGACCUGUGACCAAAGAUGUCCUCAACUCGGGCAUGGCGCAACUAGUUGAUGCCCUGGUGGUGGACCCGUUCGUUCAACAGCGUUGGAACAAAGUCGAACUCGUUGUGCAGACCCCUGAUCUCAUUGAACACUUCGAGAACCUCGGUUUGGACCCCCCGCUCCCCAUCGCCAUUCUGCUAGUCGAAUGCAGGUCUGUGGAUGAGUACGUCCAGGCCCGUCGCUUUUCCUAUAAAUGCCGCCCCGUACGACACUCACGAGGCGCCCUCAUCGCCCAGGUUCUCACCCAUUCGAGCCUGGACCCGAUAUUUUCACAGGCAGAGACGCAGUUCGGAUUCAAAUCGAACGGAUCGGCGUUUUCGGCCGACGUCGCCAUUCGCCUCCACCGCCCCGCGUCCGAAGACGGGAAACCGCAUUCGACGGCGAUGGCGCUGAUGAAGGUCCCACAGGAUUUGCACCCGCAAGAACACCACGACGCGCUGGGCCCUCGGUUCGAAGAAUGGGUCACCAUGCCCCAGCAGGAGGAGUAUCUGCGCAAGCAUGUCGUAUGGGCCCCGAAUGAUGAUCUCGAUGCCCGCCUUGGAGAAAUUGGCUUCCCGUCCCGCGAACAUCUAUUGAUCGUGGAAAUCCACGGCGAAAUCAUCGAGCAUCCGAGCUUCGACGAUGCAUUCCAAGGCCAUACCGAGUGGGGGGAUCUCUGGGGCGGUGCUUUCAAGCAGAGCGAAUGCUUCUCGUCGGACGUGACGACCAGAUUGACAAGAGAUGAGGAGGGCCGUGUCGUCGCAUUCCCCUCGUAGAUAUAAUAUCCAGGCUGGUCUCGGUGCGUUGUUCCAUACGAAACGAAUCAGUCGAAUACGCUACAAACGCAUCCUUAUCAGCACCCAAGCCAGCAACCACAGAUUGCGCACAUGUAUCCCACUGAGGAAGUCCAGAAGACGGCUUAACAUCGGUCGAACCGCACAAACGUUUGUGUGCAUCUGUGUGCGCAUCAGCACAGCCAUAUCUCGUUAUCGCCUCGAUCACACAUCUUUUUCGCUUGCCCUCCCGUCUCCUUGCGCACCACUACCCCACCCGCCAACUGAACCUUAUACAAGCAAACGAGAUGCCCGAUGUCAAGGAGAAAGUCUGUCUGAUUGUGCACGAUGGCUGGGGUGUCGCUACUGUCCCGGGACUUGACGGCAACGCCAUCGAGGCGGGCACCACGACGAACAUGGAUACGAUCGGGAAGGAGAACAGCCUGCGUCUGCUCGCGGCGCACGGGACGGCCGUCGGGCUCAAUGAUGGGCUCAUGGGCAACUCCGAAGUCGGACACCUGAACAUCGGCGCUGGACGCAUCGUGUACCAGGACAUCGUGAAGAUCGACGUGUCGAUCAAGAAGAGGCAGUUCCACAAGAACGCGACGAUCCUCGAGAGCUUCAAGCACGCCAAGGACGGGAAUGGGCGGCUGCACCUGAUCGGGCUGCUCUCUGACGGUGGUGUGCACUCGCACAACUCGCAUCUGUACGCACUGCUCGAAACCGCGAAGGAGCAGGGUGUGCCCUCGACCUACAUCCACUGCAUCGGUGACGGACGUGACACCGCCCCGCGAUCUGCACCUGGAUACGUCGACGGCCUGACUGAGAUUACGAAGAAGCUUGAGUACGGCGAGAUCGCGACAUAUGUGGGACGAUACUACGCGAUGGACCGCGACAAGCGCUGGGAGCGUGUCAAGAUUGCUGUCGAUGGUCUCGUUGGAGGUGUCGGCGAGGAGGGUACAGACCUCGUCAAGGCCAUCAAGGCCAACUACGAGAAGGACGUGACUGACGAGUUCAUGAAGCCCAUCAUUGUGAACGGCGAGGCCGGUCGUAUCAAGGACGGCGAUACGAUUUUCUUCUUCAACUACCGGUCAGAUCGCAUGCGUGAAAUCGCGUCGGUCUUCGGGCUGCCGGACAAGCCGAUGGAGGUGACGAUCCCCAAGGACCUGCACAUCACCACCAUGUCGCGGUACAACUCGGAGUUCCCCUUCCCCGUCGCUUUCCCUCCCCAAGCUAUGACGAACGUCCUUGCCGAGUGGCUUGGAAAGCAGGGCACGAAGCAGGCCCACAUCGCCGAGACCGAGAAGUACGCACACGUCACCUUCUUCUUUAAUGGUGGUGUCGAGGCGCAGUACGAGAACGAGGAGCGUCAUAUGGUUGCGUCACCCAAGGUCGCGACGUACGACUUGAAGCCGGAGAUGAGCGUGCAGGAUGUCGCGGACAAGGUCGCCGAGGUCGUCGAGUCCAACGUACACGACUUUGUCAUGUGCAACUUUGCGCCGCCGGACAUGGUGGGACACACGGGUGUCUACGAUGCUGCCGUGAAGGCGAUCACGGCCACGGAUGCUGCGGUGGGCACCGUCUUCGCUGCCUGUCAGCGCGCCGGCUACACCCUCCUCGUCACCGCCGAUCACGGAAACGCCGAGCAGAUGAAGAACCUCGAGACCGGCGCACCGCACACCGCGCACACGUGCAACCCCGUCCCAUUCAUCCUCGCUGCGCCUGCCGAGCGGAAGACCAAGUACGCGCUCAAGAGCGAUGAGGAGGGCUCCGACGAGGAGCCGGGUGCACUGUGUGAUGUGGCACCGACGAUCCUCGAUCUUAUGGGCCUUCCCCAGCCGGAGGACAUGACCGGGCGCUCGCUACUUGCUCGCAACUGAAUGCCUCGAGAAAACCGCGACUUAGAGACCGGAGAUCACCACCGGAAGAAACGAAAUGUACUUACUACUGGCCAUGUACUAGAGAGAUCUGCUAUACAGAUGAUGGUGCCCGA